UUGAAUCAUGGGAUUACAUUCAAGGCUCAUCCUAUAAUCUCUCCAAUUAAUCUUAAUGACAACUCACGCCAACACUAAGUGCUGUUGCUAGUUUGUCACUUUUUCUCGACCUGGUGCAAACAUUGACAUGGGCAGAUUGCAAGUGAUACGACCUGGAAGUGGAUGUUCGAGCGCAAGGAGAAUCGGAGAUGGCGUCUUGUCUCAUUGUGCGUCGUUCUUUCAGAUAGAAAACUCGGAAGUACUAAUUAUUUUGUACACAACCUUGCUAGAUGGACGGCCUCCCAUGAUACUCUAUAGUCAGUCUUGACUCUUGGCUUCGUUCGUGAUGACUGUGUGGGCUAGUUUAUGUAAACCAGAGUGACUAAAAAAACUACCUCCAAGUGCCUUCGUAGAUGCAAUUUGAACAGUAGCAGUCAAGGGGCAAUUGCUUUACUCAUACUGUAGGGAGUAAAUCCCAGUGACGUGCGCGUUGAAAUCACAAUUGAGAGUCAUUCAAACGAAUUAACCAUUCAUUGAACGGAAGCGCAAUCGAAAACUCAAACGCAAUCGAAAAGUCAAAUGCAAUCGAAGAAUUAGGCCUCACAAACACAGAUACUGUACCCUCCAAUGCCGAAAAGUCCAAUUCGCAGCCUCCCCUAACCCGAAUUGAAAAACUCAAACGCAAUCGAAAAGUCAAAUGCAAUCGAAGAAUUAGGCCUCACAAACACAGAUACUGUACCGUCCAAUGCCGAAAAGUCCAAUUCGCAGCCUCCCCUAACCCGAAUUGGGGAUCCCCUCUCCCACCCAUCCGCUCAUUCGUUCACCAUGCACUGCCCUCGUUAGCGCUCCCUCUCUCUUUCUGUUAUGUUUAUCUCUAGUCAAGCCAUCGAAUGGGAUCGUAAUCCCCAUGAUUGGAGUUACCAGAAUGGAGACGUCUAAACUAAUAUCCAUUUGGUCCCUUUUUCUGGUUGCAUUACUGCGGUGGACACCCCAUCUCUCCUCCGUAGAAGCCCAACAAACAUACAAGGAAAACAAGCAGCUCAAUUGCGACAACGACCUCAACUACACGGAUGGCUAUACGUGCAACGGCGUUGAAUCCUCGUGCCAAGCCUAUCUCACCUUCCGAUCCAAUACUCCUUUCAAUUCUCCGGCUGAUAUAGGCUUGCUCUUGGGCUCCGAGCCCACCCUUAUUGCCGAGGCCAACAACAUAUCUAACUUUGAGAUCAUUUCCACCGACACCCAGAUCCUUAUUCCGGUCAAUUGCUCAUGUUCCAGACCUUACUACCAGCACAAAACCUCCUACAGGUCGAGCAGUCGGUCAGAGACCUACUUCACCGUGGCCAACAACACCUACCAGGGGCUGACUACUUGUCAUGCCUUGAUGGCCCAGAAACCUUACGUCGACAGCAAUCUCACGGUGGGCCAGAAUCUGGAGGUGCCGCUUAGGUGUGCUUGCCCGACUUCCAACCAGUCGGUGGCUGGGGUCAAGUAUCUGCUCACUUAUAUGGUCACCUCAGAUGAUUCCUUAUCUUCUAUUGCCCAACUAUUCGGUGUGGAGCAACAAAGCAUCCUGCUCGCGAACGAGCUGUUCUUGAAUAGCACUAUAUUCCCUUUCACACCCAUUCUUGUUCCCUUUAACAGCAAGCCCAGUAGAAUUCAGAGAGCAUCCUCUCCGCCCUUAUUAUCACCUCCCCAGUCGCCCAAUCAAACAUACGUGGCCAACAAACAGCUCGAUUGCAAAAACAAAGUCAGCUACACGUAUGGCUAUACGUGCAACGACGUUAAAUCCUCUUGCCAAGCCUAUCUCACCUUUCGAUCCAUUCCCCCUUACAAUUCUCCUGCCGCCAUCGGCUUGCUCUUGGGCUCCGAACCCUCCCUCAUCGCUGAGGCCAACAACAUAUCCAACUUCGCUACCAUUUCCACCGACACCCAGAUUCUUAUACCGGUCAAUUGCUCUUGUUCGGGACAUUACUACCAGUACAACACCUCCUACAAGUUGAGCAGUUCCGAGACCUACUUCACCGUGUCCAACAACACCUACCAGGGCCUGACCACCUGCCAAGCCAUGAUGGCCCAAAACCCAUACGGCGAGUUCGAGCUCCCGACGGGGAUAAAUCUGAACGUUCCGCUUAGGUGUGCCUGCCCGACUUCCAACCAGACGGCGGCUGGGGUCAAUUACUUGAUCACUUAUAUGGUCACUCAGGGUGAUAGCAUUCAUGCUAUUACCCAACUAUUCGGCGUGGAGCAGCAGAGCAUACUGGACGCGAACCAGCUGUCUGGGGAUAGUCUCAUAUUCCCUUUCACACCCAUUCUUAUUCCCCUCAAGGGCAGGCCCAGCAUAAUUCGGAGAGUCACCACUACAUCCAACAGACGGCCGGUAUUCGUGGGUGUUGACAUGGGAGCCACGAGUGUGACCAACAUUUUUUGUAUCGGAGCAUAAUCAACUCAAAUAAAGGCUCGAACCUACGUCCAAGAAGAAAUGUCACUACAUCAGACUAUAACAACUGCACAAGCCUUCAAAAG